CCGGUCCAGGAAGCGCGGCCGUGAUUGGGCAGCGGGCUGCCGGCGGGGGGCGGGGCCGGCGGCAGCAGCGGCGGCGGCCUGAGGGGGCGACAAGAUGGCGGCGGAGCCCGUGGAGCUCCACAAGCUGAAGCUGGCGGAGCUGAAGCAGGAGUGCCUGGCCCGCGGCCUGGAGGCAAAGGGGAACAAGCAGGAUCUCAUCAACCGGCUGCAGGCCUACCUGGAAGAGCACGCUGAAGAAGAAGCGAACGAAGAAGAUGUUCUGGGAGAAGAAAUAGAGGAAGAAGAGCAGAAGCCGGCGGAGCCGCCCGUCAAAGUCGAAGAGCCUCCCGUAAAAUCGCCCGACGUGAAUACAGAAAAGAAAGUAGUGAAAAUAACCUCAGAAAUCUCGCAGAUGGAGAGGAUGCAGAAGAGGGCUGAACGCUUCAACGUGCCCGUGAGCCUGGAGAGCAAGAAGGCAGCGCGCGCAGCUCGGUUUGGUUUGGCCACAGUUUCGACUAAAGGCCUCUCCGCAGACAGCAAACCUACGGUAAACAUGGAUAAAUUAAAGGAAAGGGCUCAGAGAUUUGGGUUGAAUGUCUCUUCGCUCUCCAAGAAGAGUGAAGAAGACGAGAAGCUGAAGAAGAGGAAGGAGCGGUUUGGCAUCGUGACGAGUUCAGCUGGGGCUGGAGCUACAGAGGACACAGAGGCAAAGAAGAGGAAAAGAGCAGAGCGCUUUGGGAUUGUCUGAUGCCGGUCCUCCCUAGCUUCCCCCCACUUGCAGUGUGCCUCGAGUGCGUGCAUACUCUUUCUCUUUCCCCCACUUUCUCUCACUCUCACACUCUGUUCUUCUAGGUUUUAGUGAUGAGUAGACAGGGAACCCCCCAUAGUUGUAUGAUUGUGCUACUUACUCUUUCAAGUUACGAAGUUUUUUUUUUAAAAAAAAAGAAGUAGGGCAAAAAGAAGGAACUGGUCUUAUUGCAUCUUUGGUAGCCCGAAGUCCUGCAGCCUGGUCCUUCCCCGGCUGUCAUAGGCACGGCUCUAGGUUAAAAAUUCACGUUUGCUGCUGGAGCAAGGAACCAUUGGAAGUGUUUGAUGUUUGCUGUCUCGAUGCUGCCUCCGUCUCUUGGUCUUCUCCUCCUUUACCUUGUGAAAACGGGCCCCGAGGCUCAGCUGUGUCACGGUCUCUUCCUGGCGGCUGGGACAAGGACACUUCAUCAGGAGAGCACGACGUGGGAUGCGGGCUCCGCUCUGCGCCCCGGCAGGUUGCAUGGCAGGGAAGGAUUUGGUCUCGUGUUUUCAGAAACGGAGGAGUGGCGCUUUGGUAGCCAGCACACGGGGCAGUUUCGCAGCUGCCUUCCUUCCCAGGGUGAGGCUAACAGGGAUUGUCAGAGCGGGAAUUGCCGGUUAACCUUAGAUCGAGACUGGUGUCCUAAAACGAGGAGGGAAAAGUAGCAGUGUGCUUGCAAACGGAGCCCGUUCUGACCGCUUCAUUUAUCCGGCCUUGUUAAGCCCUCUGGGGCUCCUGGCGUUUCACACACGUUUUCCAGGCCCCUCUAAGGUCAGCGAUACAUUUCGCUCCUUAAACACAACGGCAGAAUCCCUUUGUCCAAGCGUGUUCUCAGGCUGGGUUUCAUUUUCUCCUCUCUUUGCUUCAGAGCAGCUGGCGAGCUGGUUGACUCGCACACUUGCUGAAGAAGCCUCGCUCUUCUCUGAGCUGCCGGAGGGUGCAGGAGGGCACCGCUGUUGCCCUAGGACCUGCGUUCAGGGCAGAAGAUCUCGGUCGCCGUGCAGAAGGCAGUUCCUUCUGCAUUAACCGGGACCGUUGCGGUCAAGUUGUGGGGCAAAACCUCGGCCGGGUCCCACGGAAGGCAGCGCUGCCGCAGCCUGUUAAGCGCACGUUGUUGCUGCGGCGUUUUGGAGGGCACCUUCAUUCCUAGCGGGCUGUAACAAGCAAUUCCUCGGGGUGGCUUGUGUGGGCACACAGCAGCGAAGUGUAGGAGCCCGAGGCCAGUGGCCGUCGGACUGGCAGCGCCAUGGCAGCGAGAGCAGCCGCCUGGUGCCCUUUCUUCCUUCUUUGUAUGUAGAGAAUUAGCUCCAGUUGCAAGCGUUCGUUCCUGCCACACCUUGUGCAGUGCUUUCCCUCGCACGGAUACCUCGGCCCCAGGUAUAAGCAGAGGUCCAGGCCUCCGCUUGGAUUUUUGGGUGGGCAUUUUGGCUGAAAUCCUUCUGUUGUCUGGAGACUUACUGAAGUUGUAGGACUUUUAUUUCUGACUGUAACCUUUUAUCGGAAGGGUGUUUGCGUUGUCAGUGCUUGGUUCCUUAAGACGCCAGAGAACAGCAGAUGUAUGUACAAAUGGGAGCUUUUCAGAGGCUUAUACCUGAUUCUUAAUAAGCAAUAUAUAUAUAUAUUUUUUAACAUAGAAGUCUUCAAACUGCUUCUGUUCCACUAAUGUCUGCAGUCUGACUGCAUGUGUGCGCCCUCAGUGACUCUAAGCAAUACCUUGGACAUUUGUUUACUUUCCCAAAGGGCAGCUAAAAGCCACAGGGUCCGGGUUUCGUUGUGUCUUGGGUUGUCGAUGGCUGAGUGAAUCGAAGCUCCCUUGCUCUUUCCCGAUUUAAUGUAAUAACUUUAUUCUGUCGUUUGUUUUAUUUUUUUUGUAUGUCAGAUUUUGUAAGAUGUAUUUUCUAUUUGGCUCAUGAUCCUUCUGCUGGUUAUUUGCUUGAGAUGUUUUGUAGUGUGUCAGGGCAAACACUGCAUUUCGUUCUUGGUUUCAUAAUAAAACUGCUUCUCCAAGGCAA